CCUCCCCACCCUUGCCUUCUCACAACCUCUUCCAUCUCGCGCACACUUGUCGGCCUCUCUCCUAUCCAACCUCCAUACUAUUUUCUAGCUUACCGACUCAUUAUCCUUCAUCAUGGCCGACGACGAGCAGCACAAUGUCACCUUCGACAACGCCGAUGCUGGCGCCUCCACUACCUACCCCAUGCAGUGCUCUGCCUUGAGGAAGAACGGACACGUCGUCAUCAAGGGCCGCCCCUGCAAGAUUGUUGAGAUGACCACCUCGAAGACCGGAAAGCACGGUCACGCUAAAGUCCACUUGGUCGCCAUCGACAUCUUCACUGGCAAGAAGCUUGAAGAUCUCUCUCCUUCCACCCACAACAUGGAUGUCCCCAACGUCCGCCGCCAGGAAUACCAGCUGGUCGACAUCAGUGACGACGGUUUCCUCAACCUGAUGACGGACGAUGGAUCUCCCAAGGACGAUGUUAAACUUCCUCCUGGUGAGAUUGGUGAUAAGAUCACGAGACUCUUCAGGACUGAGGAGAAGGACACCAACGUUGUUGUUUUGACUGCAAUGGGUGAGGAGGUCGCCAUGGACGCCAAAGAAGUCGCCCAUUAAAUUAGUACGACGACUCCCGAUUCACCAUUUUAACUUUCUUCUACCUGCUCUUGCUAGAAUUAUAUGUCCAUAAGUCGUCCUAUCAAAUCACCUACGCAGGCGUUAAGCAUCCUCAGGAAAAGCCAUCUUCUUGACUUUUGCUUGCAUCCGCAAAUGGCAGAAAUAGGUACUGGCAGCUUUUUCCGGGCUAUGUUUUUCUAGUAUACAAGUGGAUGCUCUUCAUUUGUGGCAUUUUCUAAAUUACAGAGUGAUGAUGAAUGAAAAGAUAUACGAUGUC